UGAGGAGCCUCAAGGCGCAGGGGGAGCUGGAGCCAUUUUCACCAUUCAAGCGGAGUUACGCGGACUGAGCGGAGGUGCUGCUGCUCUUGUUGUUGCUGCCGGCGUGUGUGCGAGUGUGUGUAAGGCGCUCCAGCCAAGGUUACUGCGGGUUAACGUCUUCAAAUCAGCCGGAGUGACCAGAGAGAAGUGCGCCCGCUGAAAGCAUGGCUCCUCUGCAACAAAGGGAAACUCACAGGCGGAAAGUUUAAAGGAAUAAGGAGCGACACAUAUUCCCAUUCGGAGACACACAAACUUAGGAGCGAUGCACUUCGUUAAAUGGGAUUUGUUGUUGAUUUUCUGGUGGUGUAAACUGGAUUCGCUUGUGCAUUGUUACACCGUUCACAUCAGUGAGGAUGCGGGGCCAAGGACUGUGGUGGCCGGGUUGGAGCGGAGCGCGCGCUGUACUUUGGAUCAGGUACUCGCUCCCAAAUUCACGGAGCAGUUUCUGGAGACAGACGCGGCGGCGGGCAUUGUGUUUGUUUCGGACUCCAUAAAGUGCCCCUCGCUGCGCUCCAACCCCUUUACCGUGUUCACUGUGUCUGACUGCAGGGACCCCGGCUACAGGCACCUCCUCACCAGCCAGUAUGAAGUGCAUGUUCACGGUAGGAACUGUUCAAACGUGCGUAAAAGAGAACCUCAGUGGGACAUGGAGGUGCUCAGUUUGUUUAGCACGGAGAGCCAACACCGCUCAGAGUGCCACGAAGCAGGCUCUGCUUUAUUUGCAGUGGGGGGUCUGCUACCUGGAGCCCCUCUCCGCUGCAAAGUCACCAACACCCGGGACUUUUACUUUUCUGAGGGUGACUUGUGUGUGUCUGAGACGCUCUGCUGGAUGCAGGACACACUCCGGGAGCUAGACCUCAUCUGCGAUGUGCUCACAGGGAAUGGAUUGAGUGCAGAAGUGAAUCCCAUUUCCAUCCACUGGCGUGUGGGGCAGGGUCCCUUCAGGCAGGCCCACCUAGGGAAGUUGUUAGAAAAGGCAGCUCAGUCUGAUUCAGGGAUUGUGAGCAGGAGGAGGAGAAGCAUCAACAGCAGCCCUCAGUUUCAACCUCCAAUGUACCAAGUGUCUGUGGCAGAGAAUCAGCCAGCCGGGACUCCUGUUGUUGUUUUGAAAGCAAUGGAUGUGGAUGAGGGUGAGGCAGGCAAGCUGGAGUAUUUUAUAGAAGCUCUCUUUGAUAGCCGCUCAAACAAUCUGUUUGCAGUGGACCCGAUCAACGGUGCUGUGUCCACAAUAGAGGUGCUGGACAGGGAGACUAAAGACACUCAUGUGUUUCGUGUGACUGCCGUUGACCACGGCAAGCCCCGGCGUACAGGCAUGGCCACCCUCACUAUCACAGUCAGGGACACUAAUGAUCAUGGCCCCGUGUUUGAGCAGGAGGACUAUAAGGAAAACAUCAGGGAGAAUCUAGAAAUAGGCUAUGAGGUGUUAACUGUAAGGGCGACAGAUGGGGACGCACCUGUUAAUGGUAACAUCCUUUACCGCAUCAUCAACAGUAACGGGUCCAAUGAGGUGUUUGAGAUUGAUUCGAGGUCUGGUGUAAUCCGCACCAGAGGCCUUGUAGAUAGGGAGGAGGUGGACGCCUAUAUGUUGCUAGUCGAGGCAAAUGACCAAGGUCGUGACCCCGCGCCCCGCAGCGCCACAGCUACAGUUCACAUUGUGGUUGAAGAUGACAAUGAUAAUGCUCCACAGUUCAGUGAGAAACGCUAUGUAGUUCAGGUGCCAGAGGACUUGAGCCCGAACACAGAGAUCCUGCAGGUCAGCGCCACAGAUCAGGACCGAGGGAGCAACGCUGUGGUUCACUUCAGCAUCAUGAGCGGGAACACCAGGGGACAGUUUUACAUCGACGCUCAGACAGGUAACAUGGACCUGGUGAGUCACCUGGAUUACGAGGCGAACAAAGAAUACACUUUAAGAAUCAGGGCUCAGGAUGGAGGACGUCCUCCCCUCUCCAACAUCAGCGGCCUGGUCACAGUGCAGGUGCUGGAUGUCAACGACAAUGCCCCCAUUUUUGUCAGCACCCCAUUCCAGGCCACCGUGCUGGAGAACGUGCCGCUGGGUUACUCCAUCAUCCACAUCCAAGCCGUGGAUGCAGACUCUGGAGACAACUCUAAGCUGGAGUAUCUCCUCACUGACACCACGCCAAACUUCCCCUUCAGCAUCAACAACAGCACAGGGUGGAUUAUAGUGGCUGCUGAGCUGGACAGAGAGAGUGUAGAUUUUUUCAACUUUGGAGUGGAGGCCCGAGAUCACGGCUACCCUGUCAUGUCCUCCUCAGCCAGCAUCAGCAUGACUAUUCUCGACGUCAACGACAACAACCCAGAGUUCACUCAGAAGGCGUAUUACAUGCGACUGAACGAGGAUGCAUCCGUGGGAACCAGCGUGGUGACGGUGUCGGCUGUGGACCAGGACAUCAACAGUGUGGUGACCUACCAGAUAUCCAGCGGUAACACCCGCAACAGAUUCUCCAUCACGAGUCAGAGCGGAGGGGGACUCAUUACUCUGGCGCUGCCUUUAGACUACAAACUAGAACGCCAGUACGUCCUCACCGUCACUGCAAGUGAUGGUACACUUCUUGACACCACUAAAGUGUUUGUCAAUGUCACUGACGCCAACACACACCGGCCUGUGUUCCAGAGCUCACACUACACCGUCAACAUCAACGAGGACAAGCCUGUCAGCACCACUGUUGUCGUGAUAAGUGCCACAGAUGAAGAUACAGGUGAAAACGCCCGCAUCACCUACUUUAUGGAAGACAGCAUCCCUCAAUUUGACAUCGACACCGACACAGGAGCUGUCACCACACAGAUGGAGCUGGACUACGAAGACCAAGUGUCUUACACGCUGGCCAUUACUGCUCGGGAUAAUGGCAUCCCCCAGAAGUCUGACACCACCUACCUGGAGAUACUGGUGAAUGAUGUCAACGAUAACUCCCCCCGCUUCCUCAGAGAUCACUACACAGGCUCCGUCAUGGAGGACGUGCCGGUGUUCACCAGCGUGGUCCAGGUUUCUGCCACUGAUAGAGACUCUGGGCUCAACGGUCGUGUCUUCUACACCUUCCAAGGGGGGGAGGAUGGUGAUGGAGAUUUCAUAAUUGAGUCCACCUCUGGUAUUAUUCGAACACUGCGUAGGUUGGACAGAGAAAAUGUGCCUGUAUACAGCCUGCAGGCGUUUGCUGUAGAUAAAGGCGUUCCUGCUCUGAAAACACCAGUAAAUGUCCACGUUACAAUCCUAGAUGUGAAUGACAACCCUCCUGUGUUUGAGAAAGAUGAGUUUGACAUCAUGGUGGAGGAGAACAGCCCCAUAGGUGUUGUUUUUGCACAUGUGUUAGCCACAGAUCCAGAUGAAGGCAGCAAUGCACAGAUUAUGUACCAGAUAGUGGAGGGAAACAUCCCCGAGGUGUUCCAGCUCGACAUCUUCUCCGGAGAGCUGACAGCACUGAUAGACCUGGACUAUGAGACAAAGUCUGAGUAUGUGAUUGUGGUCCAGGCCACCUCGGCUCCUCUGGUCAGCCGCGCCACAGUCCACAUCAAACUGGUCGACAAGAAUGACAACCUGCCUGUGCUCAAAAACUUCCAGAUCAUCUUCAACAACUACGUGACAGACAAAUCCAACAGCUUCCCCACUGGAGUGAUCGGGCGCAUCCCAGCGUUCGACCCCGACAUCUCGGAUCAGCUUCACUACAGCUUCGAGGUGGGCAACGAGCUGAACCUAGUCCUCCUGAACCAAAGCACGGGGGAGAUCCAGCUGAGCCCGGCUCUGGAUAACAACCGGCCCCUGGAGGCCUCCAUGAGGAUCUCAGUGUCAG